GACCGUGUAAUUGCGAAUCGCUACGUAAAAAUCAAGGAUGGUAUCCAGAAAAUGUUGUACAUUGAUGAUUUGCGCAUAUCAGAUUCCGGUGAUUAUGAAUGCAUCCUGACAAAUAAAGAUGAUGCACGAGAUAUUCGGCAUAGCGUGUAUCACUUACAAGUUUCGCCGACGAAAGGGCAGCUAAAAUUUGUGGAUGCAUCGAAUGAUAUCGAAUUGGAAGAAGGUGGAACAAUUCGCUUAUACCACAUUGCGAGAUCAUUUCCAGACGAUGAAUAUGAUUCCGAAUGGCGAAAGUAUUCCAAAACAAUGACAACAAAGGGAGAUUUUGUGGAGAAAGUCGAAAACGGCGUAAAAAGCGAGUUAACUGAUGAUCUUCACGAGGACGAACUAGUUAUCCCCAAUGCCACUGUCGAAAAUUCCGCUGUUUAUCAGUUGGUGAUAAGAGUGGCGCAGGAUUUCGUGUAUCGGAAGAACUGGACAGUUUCAGUUCGCCCACGCGUUGUCGUUCCUUUUAUUACCGUGUACGACCAGUUCGAAGAUCGAAUAACGUCGGAUGUGCUGGUUGAUUCGAAAAUUGUGAUGGACGAAGUCGAUAUCCACAUCUCGGAAGUGCAAAGCAUCAAUGCGACAUAUAACACCAUUAAACCAGACCCGUCUUUGACCGAGAACAGUGAUAUUUACGAGAAGGAUCGUCUUGAGCUUAUCUGCAUCUUACCGCUAAACGACGAGUUGUAA